GGUUUUUUGGGGGGUGAGUCGGAGGUUUGUCAUCACAAGCGCGGGGUUGGAGGAAGCGGCUGCAGCAAGAGCAGCGGGGCCGGUUGCAGCGCAGGUGUUGGCAGCUGGCAGCAGUGUUGCCGGGUGAGCAGGAAAGGGGCAGGACUGAGGUGCCAUCACCUUCCCCAGCCCCGGUGUCGCUGCUGAUACCAAAAGCCCAGUGUGACAGUGCCCGGCAAUACACAGAUCGUUACAUCUUAUACUAAGUUGGCAUGUUCACAGCAAUCUCCCAGUGUGAAGAUGGCAGUGGUGGUAAAAGUGCUGCCAAGCCUGGUUUGAAAAAGGCACAAGGCACUGCUUGGCAGAGAGUAAGAGAUUGGGCUUUUCAGUGUGCCGUGGGACAUGGGGAGGAGAAGUUCAUCUGCUCCAAGGAUGGCAAUGUGGAGGAUGCCCUGAAUGCCCAGGACAAAGGGGCAUCCCCCCAGCCUGAGGUGUCAGGGGACACCCCAAAAAGGAGCUGCAGAGGAGUCGUGGGAAAGUUCUGUGAGCUCCACCCAGUGUGUGCCCUGGUGCUGGCUGUGCUCCUGGCUCUCAGCCUGGCUCUGUCGGUGGCUCUGGCUGUGCAAUCGGCAGGGAGCCGUGCAGCGGGGGCAGCUCUGCCUGCGGCCCCGGGGCUGGGCUGUGCCUAUGGCUGGGUCGGGUAUCGGGACAUGUGCUACUACGUCUCGCUGAACAUCAGCAGCUGGAACGGGAGCCAAGCACAGUGCUCACGGCACGGGGCAUCGCUGGUCAUGCUGCAGGAGGAGUGGGAAAUGGAGUUUCUGCAGCGCCUCAAAGGCCGUUGGGAUUACUGGGUGGGUGUGAGGAGACAGGGUGAGCACCUGGAGAGAGUGGAUGGCAGCAACUUCACCUUCAGGGUCUCACUUCAGGGGGUGGAUCCUUGUCUGAUUCUGAUCCAUGGGCACCUCAGGGGGGCCAGUUGCUCCGACCUCUACCCCUACAUCUGCAGCAAACCCCAAGCUCUGAUGGGAACCACUGAAGAGAAGAGUUGACCUGCAGACUUCAGCCCUUGCACACAUCAGAGCAGUGUAGGGUGUGCCUGAAGCUAAUGGACAGGCCAUUCUGUAUCUUCACACACACCAUUCUGCCUCCUUGUAACUCCUUUUCUGUUCUUCAUUAAAAGAGACUUGUGUACAACCUG